AUAGAGCAUACGUUUCAGAUCAGCUGUUUGUUACUUUUUGUUUUGAUUACGAGAUUUUGUCACUUGAAAUUGAUUUUUUUGGAUUCGUUAUAUUACAGAAAUGGCUUUCUUGUUGCGUCAGCUUGCGAAGCCUUUAGUACAGAGAAAUUUCUUACUUUCGACGUCCUCUCUGCGUUAUGCCGCCAAAGACGCCGCCUCAAAUUCCACCGUUGCAGACGCAGCUAGCACAAAUACACAGAAGCAACUGCAACUGAGCGAGAGUUGCUUAAAACGUUUGCGCGAGAUAUGCGUCGACGGUUCCUUUUUGCGCGUAACUGUCGAAGGCGGGGGAUGUUCGGGAUUUCAAUACAAAUUUGAUUUGGACAAAAAGAGGAACGAAGAUGAUCUGGAGUUCGGCGAGGAGAAGGCCAAGGUGGUCAUUGACACAAUCUCCCUGGACUAUUGCACUGGUGCCACCGUCGACUAUCACAGCGAGCUAAUAAGGGAGGGAUUCCGCAUGGUUGCCAAUCCUCUGGCCGAGCAGGGCUGCUCUUGUGGCUCAUCAUUUGCAAUUAAAUUGUAAUUAAUACGCACUAUAUACACACUGCUUUGCUCUUGGACCUAGAAAAAUGCGAUUUAUGCCCUGUUUACAGUUAGCCGUUUGUUGAAUUUCUUCGUGACGAAAGUAGCAUAAUUUAAACAGUAGCCUAUAAGAGCAUUCUCAACCGUAUCCACAUCUCCGGCUUCCAUUCAAUAACGCAGCCGUUGCCUCUCCUGGACAGUAGCCGGGAUAUUCUGUUGCUUGAAUAUACAAUAAAGCGGCGAGGCAUCAUUCAAUGGCCGGCAGCCAAUUGUUCGCUUAAGCUAAUCACUUGUUCCGUGAGGACGCUGAUCUGUUCCUCAUAGUUAAUGCGCGUCGUCGUCUGUAAAUAAAUUAAUUAAGCACUAUA